CAUGCUGUAUAUUACUUAUUUAAUUAUUUGUAUUUGUUUUGAUAGAUAUGGCUACCAUAUUACCAAAGCUUCAUAUUUUAUCUGCCAUGAUCAAGGCACCAUUAAGAAAUUAUUUGAAAACCUUAGAAACUAUGAUGGGAAGAAUAAUUAUCCAAAAACUUGUGGCAGAUUUGAAAUUUCUGGCAUUAGGGAUCUGACAACUGGCUAUGAUGAUAGCCAACCUGAUAAAAAAGCUGUUCUCCCUACUAGCAAAAGCAGCCAAAUGAUCACCUUUACCUUUGCGAACGGGGGCGUGGCCACCAUGCGGACCAGUGGGACGGAGCCCAAAAUCAAGUACUAUUCGGAACUGUGUGCCCCCCCUGGAAAUAGGUAUGAUACAGAUAACAGCACCUGUGAUAGUUACUCCCUAAAGUUCCUCACUGGUUCUGUGCAAAUGCUAAGUAAAACAUUUUGUCUUCCCAGCAUGUACUUUUAUUAGGAAUGUUGUUUCAGA